AUGGGUAAGGAGAAGACUCAUGUGAAUGUGGUCAUCAUCGGCCAUGUGGACAGCGGAAAAUCCACCACGACUGGACACCUGGUCUACAAAUGCGGUGGCGUCGAUCAGAGGAAAUUGGAGAAGUUUGAGAAGGCUUCAGCACAGGUGGGAAAGGGUUCCUUCAAAUUUGCCUGGGUGCUGGACAAACUAAAGGCUGAGCGGGAAAGGGGAAUCUCCAUCGACAUCUCUUUGCUUAAAUUCAACACUCAAAAGUACACCAUGACCAUCAUUGAUGCUCCAGGACACCGGGAUUUCAUCAAGAACAUGAUAACUGGAACCUCACAGGCCGAUGCUGCACUCCUGGUGGUGUCUGCUGCAAAAGGAGAGUUUGAGGCGGGUGUAUCUCGGAGUGGUCAGACUAGAGAACAUGCUUUGUUAGCCUACACUCUGGGCGUGAAGCAGAUCAUAGUCUGUGUGAACAAGAUGGACCUCACUGAACCUCCAUACAGCCAGAAGCGCUACGAUGAGGUGGUCCGGGGUGUGACUGGCUUUCUCAAAAAGAUUGGCUAUGACACCGCAACCAUUCCCUUUGUUCCCAUCUCUGGUUGGACUGGAGAGAACAUGAUUACAGCGUCACAAAAGAUGCCAUGGUUUCAAGGCUGGAAAGUCCGGAGGAGAGAGGGCCAUGCUAAUGGUAAAACUUUGCUGGAGGUCCUGGACUCUCUUCUGCCACCUGUGCGCACAAUCAACAAACCUUUAAGGUUACCUCUGCAAGACGUUUACAAAAUUGGAGGUGUUGGAACUGUUCCAGUUGGUAAAAUAGAAACUGGCGUCUUAAAACCUGGCAUGACCCUGAUGUUCUCUCCGGCCAAACUCACAGCUGAGGUCAAAUCCAUAGAGAUGCACCACCAGGGCAUGCAGACUGCACUGCCAGGGCACAAUGUUGGCUUCAACAUUAAGAAUGUGUCAGUGAAAAACCUGCGGCGUGGGGAUGUGGCGGGGAACGCUCAGCAGGACCCUCCUUCAGACGUCAAGAGCUUUGAGGCUCAGGUCAUUGUGCUAAACCAUCCUGGUAGAAUAAAGGUGGGCUACUCUCCAGUGCUGGACUGCCACACGGCCCAUGUGACCUGUCGCUUUGCUGAGCUGAAGGAGAAAUUGGACCGACGCACAGGGAAGAAGAUGGAGGCUCAUCCACAGAUCCUGCAGUCUGGAGACGCUGCCACAGUCAAACUGGUGCCAAUCAAACCCAUGUGUGUGGAGAGCUUCUUCACAUAUGCUCCUUUAGGUCGGUUUGCAGCAAGAGAUCUGAAACAGACUGUCGCUGUUGGAGUGAUCAAGUCUGUGGACAAAGACUCAAGCUCCAAACUUAAAGCUCCUGUGUGUAAAUAA